AUGCGCGCUGCUUCACAGCUUUGCGAAGGGAGGUCCGCAGAAAAAUUCAAGAAUACAGAAAUCGGAAUAUCAAGGACAUGUUGUAUAUCAGGAACCGCCUUGAGAGUAACAGGGAUAUCCGUUUGUUUCUUGCAUGAAGAAAUGGUUCAAAUAAGCGGAGUUUUGCUGCUCUCAUACAUGACUUUUUCUUGUGCGAAAAGCGGUGAAGAUCAGUACAAAUGUGAUUCUAAUCGUGGAUGGGAAACAUGGAGGAGUUCGAUUUUUGACAAGUUGAAAAAGAGUGUGGCUGUUCCCUUAGAUUACUCAUGCGGCAUGGAAUAUAAUGCGAUGGCUUUUGCAAAAAAUCGGGAGCAGUAUCUAGUUAACCGCUACGCUAGGAUUUCGUUCAUAUACGAUUUUAGCGGAGUAAUAGAAAAUCAGAGAGCGCAGCGUGCUGCCGAUGCGGUCGUUUACAUGGGACAAAGGCAACAUAUACUUUCGCAAGUAGGUGUUGUAGAACUUUUGGGCACUAUGCAGCGCCCUUUUCUUAGCCCAAGUCAUACUAGAGAGAUGAAAAACAGGAUAUCUCAUCUCAUUCAUCAAAAUUUUCACGGAUUACGGUCUACUAAAUGCGAGCCCUGA